UGCAUCUGUAACGGUACAAGGUUGCCUGAAAGCAGAAAAUUAGCCGGCCCAGAGCAGGGCUCUACAGUCGCGUCUCCGGCAGCAUCAGGUCAUCCCAGGGAGAGGCCGCGAGAGUGGAGGAGCAGAGGUUUUUUUUUUUUCCUUCGGCAAACAGAUACAGUCUCCUUCUCUGUGUUUGUCAAAUCAUUGAAUCAAGGGGCAGUGCGUGUCCCAGGGCAAGAUCACAAGCGGCUUCCAGCUGGAAGCACCGGCUGCCUUGUAAAACGGGCUAAAGCCAUUCCCCAUGUGUUGCAGGGCCGGGGGCGCUGCCCUGACUUCUCCCCGGGACAGCACAGAGGAGGACUCCAAUGGGGAGUGCAUGAUGGGAUGGAGGUGAUGGACGCCUGCCAGUUUUCUCCAUGCGAUUUUUUCUCCGACAGCUCCUGCCUCUCCUCCCCCGAGCGGGGCUUGGCCGAGGGCCUGGAGCACAGGGUGUCCUCGGGAGCUCGCCCACGAGCCCCUCCGGGCUCCGAUGAGGACGAGCACGUCCGAGCCCCCACGGGCCACCACCAAGCCGGCCACUGCCUCCUGUGGGCUUGCAAAGCCUGCAAAAGGAAGUCCACGACCACGGACAGGAGGAAGGCCGCCACCAUGAGGGAGAGGAGGAGGCUGAAGAAAGUCAACCAAGCUUUCGAGACCCUCAAGAGGUGCACCACGGCCAACCCCAACCAGCGCCUGCCCAAGGUGGAGAUCCUGCGCAACGCCAUCCGCUACAUCGAGAGCCUCCAGGACCUGCUGCGGGAGCACGUCCACAGCUACUACGGCCGCUCCGAGCCCGCCAGCCCCGCGUCCCCCUGCUCGGACGGCAUGGUAAGAGGGGCGGGGGGCGGCUCAGGGAGGCUCAGGGGGGCCCUGGGGACCUCCAUGCCCUCCGCCGAGGUGUUGCAGAGCCCAGGCCUGGCGGCGAGGCCCCGGCGCUGAGCGUGGGCUGCACUAGCCCAGCUCCCUCCGAGCCGCGGCACUGCCCUGUCCGCUCGC